AUGGCAACCACUGUUAAUUCAAUUACCUCAGCAAGAGGCGAAAGAAAUCGCUAUGGCCCACAAUUACCAGUGAUUGAACAUCCAUUAACGCGACUUGGAAAUAAAUCAGAAUUAAAAAUACGAGGUGCAUCAGCUAACUAUAAUAGUUCACGACCAACAAGUCAUCAGUAUGAUCGAUCAACCAACCAAAAUCUAAGUAAAUCCAUUCACGUUAAAUUCGAUGAUGAUAUAAAUAAUCAAAAUCAUAAUGUAUCGGAAGAAAACGAUCUACCUCCGUUAAGAACAGAAAAUAAUCAAAAUCUUCCGAGCCGGAAACAUCAACGACUUUCGACAUGGCCAGGCUCUAUACUUGAUAAUGUUCCAAGACACAAGAUGAAUGCUCCUGAGUUAAUACAACUAAUACGAGAGAAAAUACCGACGAGUUUUCACGGUAUCAAACAAGCAUUUAAAGCGUCAGAUCCUUAUGGAAAAGGAAACGCUCCUAGAGAGGCUAUGGGAAGAAUUAUAUAUCACUUGUGUGGAUAUUUAUUUCCAGGACAAAUUGCUUCACUACUUAAGAGUCUGAAUUUAUCUAAGAAAAAGGCUAUUUCGUUUGAUGAGUUUAUCGCCGCUAUUAAAGACACUGAGUCUAGCAACCAUGUAGCUUGGGUAGAUCCUGUACAGAGGUUAAAUAAUAAACCUGAAUUAGCACCAGUAGAGUGGACAGCAACUCAAGUUCAAGCGCAUUUACGCAAUAGAGCAUUAGAUGGGACAUUGGCAUUAUAUGAUAUUUUACCCCUGGAAUGUUUAGUUGAAAAUGGACAGAUAUUAAAGCCACAAUUUCGUAUCAUGUUAGAAAAUUUAAAGAUUUCUAUGACCGAUUUUGAAUUUGAAAAGCUGUGGGACAGAUGCGAUCUCCAUGGUGUUGGUGGUAUGAAAACAGGAAAAGUGUUUCGUAGAUUGGGCAUUGAUUAUGAUAAGCUGUUAGAUAUAACUGCUGCUAGAUCUAAAUCAAGACAGUCAAGUGAUGAAAAACCAUCAGGUCAAGACGCCUCUAAAAAACAACCACAAAAGCUAAUUAAAAAAAUUUGUGCUGCUUUACAACGCCUGGUGCAUAAGUUGGAAGAACCAUUUGAAGACUUAAUUCAGGAAUUUCAAAAAUAUGAUCAUGAUAAAAUCGGAAAGGUAACCAGGCAAAAUUUUCGUACGAUUAUCAAUAAUUAUUUCAAGCUUAAGCUAUCUCCAAUAGAUUUGGAAUAUUUCUUGCAAAGUCAACCAGAUCCUGUUCCUGUGAAAUCGAAUUAUGUCGACUUACAUACUUCAAUGAUGGCAGAAGCUAAAAUUGCUCAAAUUCUUCAUAAAAAAUUUAUUUCAAUAUUGGAGAAGUUUAGGGUAUUCGAUUCCGAAAAAUGUGGCUUAGUCAACAAAUAUGAUUUUCGCUUGUGCUUGGAAUCAAUUUUAAGUAAUAGCUUAACUGAUUCUGAAUUUGACGAACUUCUGCAUUCCACUGAAAUUGAAGAAUUGCGAGGAAUCGAUUAUCCGCGAUUUCUUACACUGCUUGAUGAUGCGUAA